ACCUAUCAUAUGUCAACGCUAAACAGUCAACAUUAUAAUGAAAAAUUCCCCCAGAAAAGAAGUUGCUUACUUGCUUGAUGCUUCCGUUCUGUCUUUUGUCUUUUCCAUUUCGCCUUUAGCACGUGUCGGAUUAUUGUGCUGUUUUUCAAAAAUACACAUCCAAAAUGGGUAAAGGUAAUAAUAUGAUUCCGAAUGGCCAUUUCCACAAGGAUUGGCAACGUUUUGUGAAAACAUGGUUCAACCAGCCCGCUCGCAAGUUCCGUAGAAGGCAAAACCGCAUCAAGAAGGCCCGCGCUAUCGCCCCUAGACCAGCUGCCGGACCUCUGAGACCUGUGGUAAGAUGCCCCACAGUCAGAUACCACACUAAAGUUCGCGCUGGUCGUGGAUUCACUCUGCAAGAAUUAAAAGCAGCAGGACUUAACCCUAGAUUUGCCAGGACAGUUGGUAUCGCCGUUGACCCACGUAGGAGAAACAAAUCUGUGGAAUCAAUUCAAUUGAAUGCACAGCGUCUAAAGGAGUACAGAUCCAAAUUGAUUCUGUUCCCAGUGCAUAACAACAAGAAACUCCGUGCAGGUGAAGCCACUGAAGAUGAACGUAAAGUUGCUACUCAGUUGACUGGUGAGGUACUUCCAAUCCGUCAGCCAAGCAUUAGGACCAGGGCUAGAGUGCCUACUGAAGAAGAGAAGAAAUUCGAGGCAUAUGUUACCUUGAGGAAGGCUCGUGCUGAUAAACGUUUGGUUGGUAUUAGAGCCAAGAGGGUAAAAGAUGCUGCUGAGAACCCUGAUGAUGUGACUAAAGCUGCACCCAGCAAAGAAAAGAAAGCAAAGAAAUGAAAUUUAGUAUAAAUACACAAAAUAAAAAACAUUUGUUUUC